GGCCGGGCACCUCGGGGUGCUCGACAAGGAUUGUUUUGGGGGUGCUGCUGCUUAGUCCCGUUUGCCCUAAUUUAAAGCCUGCGGGAGGGCUUCCGAGCCCCGCCUCGGGAGUUUCUGCCCCAGAGACACUGCCUGCGGCCGAGCUGCUGACACCCAGGUGUGUGUCAGCCCUGGUGUCGCUCCAGGUCGGGGUGAGAGGUGGCCGUGGCCGUGGGGAGCCCCGCGCACCUGCCGCGCCGGCGCUGGUGGAGGCUGUCCCAGGGGUAGACGGGAGAAAUGAAACAGAUCCCGUUUGGAUAUUUUGCUGAAGUUAACAAGUUUCUGUUCAAGUUUAGCAGUUCUAGACCAAGUUCAUAAACCCAGCUUGAGGACGUGGUGGUGGCUGAGGUUUGGGCGCAGAGAGACCGGGGUGACCCGGUUUGGCUCAGGAUGUUCGGGGCCGCCCGAGCGCCUCUGACCUCCUCCCCCGGGCAUGUGCAUCUUCUCGCUGUCACCAGGGCCGAGUGCGCGCAUGGCUCCGGGAGAGGAGGGAAGCUGGGGUUCAGUGUUGAGCACAGGCCUGGUGUCUUCGCAGGAACCAGGUGUAUCUAGGUCCUUGAUUCUAGGAAAAGGACAAUCUUUACCCAAGGGGUUGGUAGGGAGAGAGAGCUUGCUGGUUGGUUGAGAAUCCUCAGUCCAUACUCACCCUCAUUCUGGGCAGUGCCCUAGCUAGUCAGGGUUGAGUGGUCAGGACAGAUGCCAUUCCUUCGUUUGUGUGAUUUGAAUUUCCAUAAGUCAUGUUUAACCCAAAGCAUCACUACGGAAAGGAAUCCUAAGGUGGAUCUUUCUAUGAGUCCCUCAGUGUGUCUUAGAGAUUGUGGUAUGUGGAGGCUACUUAAGAUGGAAUACGCAUAUUUAUUUAUUUGAUUCAUCUUAACCUUGGAGAUAAUCCUGAGUCAUGCUUUGACAAGUCCCCUCUGUGGUCAGGAGCUCAGGCGUCUGGUGGUCUCUGUGAGAGCGGGAUGCUCCCCUGAACCUGUAGUUCUCCCCUCUGGGGCUCCGGGGAGAUUGGAAGCGGAUUAAGAGGUCUUUGGUAUUUGCCCUGCCUUCAUGCCAGUGCUCUAAAUUACUUGUGUUCACAGUCUCAAGUUUCUUAAUUUACCAUAGAAAUUUUGUUUAUACUGCCACUAGCAUUUUCAUAUUUGUUUAGCACUUGCCAGUUUACAAAUGGUUUUCUAUUCAUGAUCUCGCUUAUUUUCUCCUCUGCGAAGAGGCAGCUGGGCAUGAGGACUGACUUAAUCAGGGUCUCAUAGGUAGAAUUGGAGCAGAAUUGGGAUGCAGUCUUCACGCAUUCUCUUUCCUCUGCACUGGCCUGCAUGUGACUUCAGAACCCUAGUCCUGACCUGCUCCCCUGUAGGUCACUUGUUGCCUUUGUAUUGUGCCUACGCGGUAUUACUUUGGGGAAGGUGCUGUUAUCCUGUUUCAUCCUGUAGACACUGGGGGAGAGUAAGAGGAAUUUAGUGAUUUUGUGAUUAUUUGUGACAGCUUUUUAGUAUUAAGGACAGUUUUCACCUGAGAGAGCCUUUCUUCUACACCACCUGGGGGGAAGAGAGAGAAGAAAGAAUUGGUUUUGGGGAAAAACAAUCCAUUCCCUUAGUGGUGUGGUUAAGGAUAACCUGGCAUCACACUCACAUUCUCCUGGUGCACCUGGCUGCUUGUGCCAGCCUGCAUGCGAAUGUUAACCCAGAAGACUCCUUUAGAUGUCGCUGGACUCGUUACUAUGAAAAGUAUUUCACUUUCAAACUCCCACGUUUCAACAACAGAGCAAUUCAGUACAAAGUCCUUUACUUACUUAUAGACAGGACAGCAGCCUUCAGUCACGCCAGGGCAAGCAUGCCAAACUCGGGCCCGCAGGCCGCAUGUGGCCCACAGGGAAUAUUUUUGCGGCCCAGCUAAUAUAAUGUUUUCCUGGAACCUGGGCUCCCCAGACGCAGCGCUGGAGCAGAUGGAUAAUGGAGACUGGGGCUAUAUGAUGACUGACCCAGUCACGUUAAAUGUAGGUGGACACUUGUACACAACGUCUCUCACCACAUUGACCCGAUACCCGGAUUCCAUGCUUGGAGCUAUGUUUGGGGGGGACUUCCCCACAGCUCGAGACCCUCAAGGCAAUUACUUCAUUGAUCGAGAUGGACCUCUUUUCAGAUAUGUCCUCAACUUCUUAAGAACUUCAGAGUUGACCUUACCCCUGGAUUUUAAGGAGUUCGAUCUGCUUCGAAAAGAAGCAGACUUUUAUCAGAUUGAGCCCUUGAUUCAGUGUCUCAAUGACCCUAAGCCUUUGUAUCCUAUGGAUACUUUUGAAGAAGUGGUGGAAUUAUCUAGCACUCGGAAGCUUUCUAAGUACUCCAAUCCAGUAGCUGUCAUCAUCACCCAGCUAACCAUCACCACCAAGGUCCAUUCCCUCUUAGAAGGCAUCUCAAACUAUUUUACCAAGUGGAAUAAGCACAUGAUGGACACCAGAGACUGCCAGGUCUCCUUCACCUUUGGACCCUGUGAUUAUCACCAGGAGGUGUCUCUCCGGGUCCACCUGAUGGAAUACAUCACAAAACAAGGCUUCACGAUCCGCAACACCCGGGUGCAUCACAUGAGUGAGCGGGCCAAUGAGAACACAGUGGAGCACAACUGGACUUUCUGUAGGCUGGCCCGGAAGACAGACGAUUGAGCUCCAUCCCGGGGGAGUUCCUGGACACCGACUUUCCAGGAUAUGGAAGAGACUGGAGACUGAUUUUUUUUUUUUUUGUGGGAUUUAAAAAAAGUGUUUUUGGUAUUUAUUUGAAGGCAUUGAGGAGCAGAAGGAAGUUUUGUGCUUUAAUGGAUUCCUCUAUGUUCAUUCCCUUCACCCUGAGUAUGCAUGUGCCUGUUCAGAGCCUCCAGAUAACUUUUUUAUAAAAAGAAGUCUGAAAAUUAUUAUGGUAUAUAAACCCUUAACAGAGCUUUUUUUUAUUACAGUGCUAAAAUGAUUUCUGAUUAAAUGGUCCCUAACUCAACUAGAGGCUCAAAAAUAUAGGAAUGAAAGAAUAAACAAAGUGAGUACUCCUGAUGCUUUUGACAAAAAUCAAAACAUCAUGUAGGGUGACCUAGUUUCCACACCAAUAAGCAGUAUUGUAAUAUUAAAAGAAAACUGUUCCAAUCAUUUAAAAGUACUUGUUAAGUACUGCUUUUUACAGUUAUGACAACUGUUUCUUUCUAUGCAUAUAAAUCAAGCAACCAAAUAUCUGUAGCCAUGGAAAUGUCUGACUAGAAAUAUUUAUAUUGGAUUCUGAAUACAAAAUGUCCCUGUGGUAGAAAUCUUACUUCUUAUGCCUGGUGCAGUAUAAUUCCCAAGUGUACUGUCUACCAGAAAAAAAUGAAUAAAAAAUGAAGUAGAAAAA